AUGGAAUUCAACCGCAAUGGUCUGUCACUCAAUGCUGAUUUCAAGCAGUAUUUCUUACGUGUUUCAUAUGAUCGGAUUAAGAACACGUAUGAUGAAUUUGAAAUCAGUUCAUUGUUCGAAGUUGCGGGUAUGUCAGUAACCGACAAAUAUCCGAAUUCAGUUCACACUUCGAGUCAAGCCAUGAACAAUACACAAGAAACAACCAAUGAACCAUUUGAAAUCAUUGACACGAGCGAUGAAGAAGAUGAAGCAACGAAAAUGGAACGUGCCAUUCGAUACGAUGGCCAUGGCAUAUCAAAAGAAUUAAACGAUUAUGGUCAAUUUGACGACGAUGAAAGCUACACCGAAAUGUCAGACACGAAAUCAAACGUGUUUGACUCUCAAGAAGAUGUUUCGAAUAACAGAGAUGAAGAUCGCAUUGGAAAUGGAAUGGACAACGCAAUGAAGGCAGAGGAAAUGGAACGGGAUGAUGCCAUUUCGAUGGUUGGCAUCACUAUGAACACAACAAGCCAGAACACAUUAACUGUGAAUUUGAGCAAUAAAUCAAACAACGUCGGUGGUGCCAAAAGAAACAACAUGACCGGAAGAUCAAAUGGAUGUCCAAGAAAGCAAACUGAAUCAUUGCGACGUAAAAGCUCAAUGUCUUCAAAAUCAAUGGGGCCGAAAAAUCGAUUCCAGUGCAAACUUUGUGAAUAUUCCAGCAAUCGAAAGGGAGACUUCAAUAAACACAUGCGUACUCACACCGACUCGAGAAAGAUGCCAUGCUUAUUAAAUAUUGUUUAA